GCGCUGGGUGCCGCCCUUCCCGCGCGGUGGGCUCUCGAUUGCCCGGGGCACUGUCCUCCACUCGCUGCUUCAUCGCGGUCGCGCCCGCUGCGCUCCUCAGUGCUGGAGGGCAACGGGACUGGAGUCCGCCCGAGCCGCGUCAGGGAAGAGGCGGGGUGGGGGUGCGGUUAAAAAGGAGCUGCAGGUGGAAAGCGAGUGCCCUAACCUAAAAUCCACAGGAAACCCCUGAACUUCCUGUACCCAGUCCUAAACUCUCUUCUGGGCCGGAGCCCAGGACACAACCGCUACAGAACAAGGCAUCAAGUGACCGCCCAUACGGGCGGCGGCAGCGACCCCGGCGUCGGACCCCGAGAGGAAGCCCAGCGCUGGAGGGCGAUCACCUCUGGCCCCCUCACAUGCUGCCCAGUUGACCCCCUCCCUCGUUCCCCUUCCCUCCUCAUCUCCUCCCCGUCCUCCCCCUCCAUCACUCACGGAUCGCCCACACGACCACCACACGCCACUAACACAGGUGGCAAUAACUCCAAAAUCCUGAAAACAGAGUAAAGAGUUGCAUUAUGAUGCAGCUUGGGACUUCUGGGCAAUCCGCUGGUACAGAAGAUUAAGGUUCCCACUUCUUAAGGACAGAGACCUUCAUCUGAUUAUCUUCUCUUCACCAAAAUCAUUAGGAAUAAGUCACCAACAAGAUGGACUGGAGUACACUGCAUACUUUCAUUGGAGGCGUAAAUAAACACUCCACCAGCAUAGGGAAGGUUUGGAUCACCGUCCUCUUCAUUUUUCGAGUCAUGAUCCUUGUUGUAGCUGCUCAAGAAGUAUGGGGAGAUGAGCAAGAAGAUUUUGUCUGUAACACACUGCAGCCAGGAUGCAAAAAUGUGUGCUAUGACCACUUCUUCCCUGUUUCUCAUAUCAGACUUUGGGCUCUUCAACUAAUCUUUGUCUCCACUCCAGCACUUCUGGUAGCCAUGCAUGUAACUUACAAUAGACAUGAGAAGGAAAGACAGUUUAGGAAAGGGGAGAAAGGGAUUGAAUUCAAAGACUUAGAAGAAAUUAAAAAACAAAGGGUACGAAUUGAGGGGUCUUUGUGGUGGACUUACACUAGCAGUAUUUUCUUUAGGAUUAUCUUUGAAGCCUCCUUUAUGUAUGUGUUUUACUUUCUUUACAAUGGCUAUAACCUGCCCUGGGUGGUGAAAUGCAGUAUUGAUCCUUGUCCCAAUAUUGUGGACUGCUUUAUUUCAAGACCCACUGAAAAGUCUGUUUUUACCAUUUUCAUGAUUGCUGCAUCUGUGAUUUGCAUGCUGUUAAAUGUGGCUGAAUUAUGUUACUUGCUCAUGAAACUGUGCUUCAGAAGAUCCAGAAGAGCACAGGUUCAAAGAAAUCACCCUAAUCAUGCCAUAAAAGAAAGCAAACAGAAUGAAAUGAAUGAGCUGAUUUCAGACAGUGGACAAAAUGCAAUCACAGGUUUCCCAAGUUAAAAGAUUUUAAAUUAAAAUAUAACUAUUAGUGACAAACCUGUAGCCUUCACUUGUCAGUUGGAUACCACUGCUGGUCCCAACAUUUAUUCCCUAGGCUGAUUGUUUUAUGGCUACCAAUGUAAUUAAUAGCACAUAGAGACUUAAGUCAAAUCUUUUAGGAGAAUUAAUCAUCUACAUUAUCAGAAAUGUAGUGAACAAUUCUGUGAAAAUGGAAAGACUAGAUUGAAAGUUGGGUACUAAAAUAUCUUUAAGUCUAUCUUAAGUAGACAUUCUAAUCUGUCUCACCCUCUUGAGGGGGGGGAUAUUUCAUAAAAAAAUUUUAAGUAUUCAUCUUUUAAGAGGAAGAAAAUAUUUUGUCUAGAGAUUGAUACCAUUAUUAUUACAAAUAUUUUUAUAGUAUUUCUUGUUUUAGUUCUGAAGUCCUAUCUAUAUAAAAAGUAUUUUUAUAAUGCCAGGUGUUCCAUGGUACUUAAGUAUGAUACUAAAUCAUGAGAAUAAUUGUAGUAUUCCUAUAGGAGGAGUAAGUAAAACAUGUGAGUUUUUAAAAUGACACUUCAUUCCCUAAACUUUUAACUUAUAGAAGAUCUGUUUUGUAAAGGCAAAAUGUUACACGGAUUAAUGACAACCAUAUGACCAAUAGUGAAACUAUCAAAAUGGCAGGGCGGGGGAAUGUUCUGGCUAUCAUGUAUGCUCUUCAAUACAUUUGAAAUGCUUUGCUUGUACAAUAUGUUUUUACUACCAAGACAUACCUUUCAGAAGGUAGGCAGCGUUAUAUGAACCUGGGUGCCUUUUUUUUUUUUAACUAGCUUGAAAACUGGAUUUCAACCAGUGUAAAGAAUUGAAACAUGAAUGUGAUCACCUAAAUAAAAGAAAAACUCUGUUGCUUAAAA